UGCAGCGGCUGUGGAAUGCAAAGGCAUUUGGGAUCGAGACGUAACUUGACGUUUUGUCAAAAGUAUCGGUUGCUACUAUGGAAGGACAUAAAACUACAGCUCGGAAAUCGCGUAGAAUUGGCUCUGAUCAUUUUACUUAGUGCCCUAAUGCCCUUGUUGAUUGCCAUUGGCACAAGGAUUGCGAAGUCAAUGUUUCCAGGCGAUAUAGUAAUGGAAAAAGCCUCCGGUCCGAAAAGUGUCAACAUGAGUUAUUUUGAGGAUAUCUAUUUUACACCUCUCAAUGGGAUAGUUGAUACAAUUAUUUCUGAUCUUGCACGGGCCAUCAACUGCAAAAGUACCGAAGGUUUUACCACUCUGCGUGAAAUGCAAGUGCAUAUGUUUCAAAACAAAAAAGCAGUGGGAGUUGCGUUCCCCAAUGACUGGUAUACUAUAAUUAACUAUCCGGACAGCCUAAAUUUUACAAUAUACACACCGGCAUAUAUCAAAAGAAGAAAUUUUAAAUAUUUCGAAUCAGGCUUUCUAUUGAUCCAAGAACAGGUGUCACGGAUAUUCAUUGACUCUAAGAGUAGAACCAAUUUAACAAAGGUCCAGAUGAAUCAUUUUCCCUACCCCAGAUAUGUGCCAAAUCAUUAUGCGGAGUCAGCAAAAAUCAUGACCUACUUGAUGUUGGUAUCUUUUUUCUUUCCCUGUAUUACAAUAGCCAAGAACAUCGUUGCCGAAAAGGAGCGUCAGCAAAAGGCUAUUUUGAAUACAAUGGGAUUUAAGAACAGUAUUCAUUGGUUGGCCUGGUAUACGAAAUCGAUGGUACUUCUAGUGCUAUGCCUGUUAAUUAUGAUACUUAUGUUUGCCAUUGGAGCGGUUUAUAAAUUCAGCAACCUUAUUUGCCUCAUCCUGGUACUUCUUGUAUACAUCCAUUCUCUGGUAUUUUUCGCCUUCUUCGUAAGCUCAUUUUGCACGAAAAGCUUUCCGGCCGUUUUGACCACACUUUUGCUCUACGCGGCCACAGGGAUUCCUUUUGCGAUUGUCGGAACGGAAAAAUCGAGUCUUGCUUCCCAGGUGGCUGCCUCUUUUGGCUUAAACUCUGCCCUGUUCUACAUUUUGGACUCCGUGGCCACAAUGGAACUGCAGUCGGUGGGCAUUCAGUGGUACACUAUGGCCAAAACAGCGUCGUAUGGCCAUAAGCUGAGCAUUGUGGCUUACAUGAUGAUAAUGUUUGCCAUCAGUUGGAUCGAACUGAUCAUCUGUUUGUAUAUCGAGGAGGUGCGACCCGGCGAGUUUGGAGUGCCCAAAUCAUGGUACUAUCCAUGCCAAAAGCAAUAUUGGUGUCCACGGCGAUUUGUACGCUCCGUUUUCUACGACGAACCGCUUCUGCCCAUCUCAAGGCCGUCGUCCAAUGGGAGUUUCCCUUUUUCAAGUCCAUCGAAAUCAUUCUGGGGAAAUACCAGUUCACACAGACAAAUUGAAAAUCAGAAGGUACCGACAAGCCUUCAAACUGGCGUCGAUAUUAAAAAUCUCUCGAAGAAAUUCGGACAUCGCGAGGUAGUAAAGAAUUUAUCCUUCAAAAUGUACGAGAAUGAGAUCACCGCUCUGCUGGGGCACAAAGGUGCUGGGAAGACGACCACAAUACUGAUGCUCUGCGGUAUGUUGCCACCCACUAAUGGAACGGCAUUUAUCAAUGGCUAUGACAUUACGUCGGAUCCGAAAUUAGCGAAAUCUAGUUUGGGCAUCUGUCCGCAACACAGUGUGUUAUUCAGAGGACUGAGCGUUAAGGAUCACAUCUACUUCUUUAGUCGCGUGAAGGGUUACUCGAAAAUAGAGGCCACGAUAGAAUCGAAUUUGUACGUGAGCAAACUAGACUUGGUCAGCCACCGGAAGCGCGAUGCCCUAAAGCUAUCCGGCAGCAGUCAGCGGCGAUUGUCCCUGGCAUGCGCCCUCUGUGGCGGCUCCAAGGUCAUUCUCUGCGACGAGCCCGCAUCCGGUUUGGAUCCGCGCGGACGCCACGAUCUUUUUCGACUGUUACAGAAGGAAAAGCGCGGUCGCACCGUCCUGCUGACCACCCAUCUCAUGGAGGAGGGCGAGAUCCUUGGCGAUCGCAUCGCCAUCAUGAGCGAUGGACAGCUAAGGUGCUUUGGCACCCUGGCAUUCCUGAAGCAGUCGCAUAGCACCUGCUACACACUCUCCUGCGUGAUGGGCUCCAUUGUCAGGGUGGACAUGCUGACCGAAAUGAUAAAUCGCUAUAUGCACACAGUCACACCGGUAAUCCGUGGUUUGGAUGUCAUGUACAAGCUGCCUCGGAGCAGGAGCGACAAAUUCUCGGAUAUGUUUCGACAACUGGAGAACAAUAAGAAGAUCUUCGAUGUCAUCAGCUUUGGCUUGAGCGAUUCGGUUCUGGAUGAGAUUUUCUUGAAUCUGGAAGCGAACCAAGAGAUACGCUCCAGAGGCGGUGCUGAUCCAGGCGAUAAUGACAAAGUAGAUUUUGGAACCCAAACUAAACCGAUUAUAAAAAGUCAAGAUACAAAACCGAAAAAGAAGCAAAAACCAGAACCGGAAAAGAAGCCAGAGCCGGAAAAGCAGAAAGAGUCCAGAAUGCCGAAACCAAUCGAAAACUUAAGGGUAAUGCCCAGAAGGAAAGCGACCUGUAUGAGCCGAUGGCGGGCAAUGAUGAUAAAGAAGGCCCACUACACAGCCUUUCAUGUUUACAUAUUUCUUAUAAUCCUGAUCAUACCACUCAUACAUUUUCUCUUAGUCAUUGCAACCGGCGAAAAAGACAGACCCGUACCAAUAAUACCCACAGUGUUCCCAUUGUCAUUGGACUAUUAUAACUAUGAUGACAUGAUCAUCUUGCUUGAAGUUAAUAAAAAUUUAUAUAAGAACGAAGAGGUACAGAUACCCUAUGAACACUCGGUCAAAGAAGCUGCAACGGUUCAAAAAGUAUCAUCGGUUUUUUCGUACGUAUUCGAGGCACCUCCAUUGAGACGCCGCGAUAUUAGGCGUAAAUAUAUUUGUGGAGCCUCUUUCAAUGAAUCCUCGAUUAUCACCGCUUGGUUUAAUAGUGAUGCCUUCGAGCACUCCGCACCCAUUGCCAUGAAUAUGAUAUAUAAUACUUUGGGAAAGGCAGCGAUGGGACACAGUUUCAGCAUUUCUGUAUCCAGAGGUCAAAUCGAAGAUUUCGUUGUGAGAGAUAAGACAAAGCACAGGUCAAAACGGCAGAAUGAUCCUGAUUAUGAAGACUAUUCAGACUUUGAAACACAAGAAAAUGAUGGUUUUAUCGCUGGUAAAAGUACAACAGAUAAUCCUCAUCCUGAGGACGAUUUACGACCCCCUGCUUAUAAACCGGACUUAAUUCCUCAGAUGCCAAUUUCAGAGUCUUUAUUAGUAUUAUUUAAGGAAAGGGAUAAAAUGUAUCUAUUCUUUCGUGCGAUUAUCAUGAUAACAGCAUAUCUCGCAUUAGCCCUAAGCAUUUUUACGGUGUUUGUAACGGAGGAUCGUCAAAAUCAAGUAAAAUUGGUACGAGAAAGUCAAGGAUUGAAGCGAUCCGACUUUUGGUUAACCCAUUUCGUUUGGGAUCUACUAAUUUAUACUAUAUUUAUGAUGGCCCUCAGUCUUGCCCUAUACAAAGUAGCAAUGUGGUACAAUGUUCUAAUAAUUCUUCUACUUAUUGGUUUUGCCUGCCUGCCAUUCGUCUACCUAUGUAGUUUGCUUUUCAAAAAGCCAUGUACUGCGUUUAGUAUGAACUUCACGAUUUUAGUGAUUACGGGUGGAUUAUUAUUCUGCGUUCUCUUAUUGACGAGAUCCGAUAGCUUAAGGGCUACAUUUUUAAUUUUCCCUAUGUACGUGGGUGCUUUUGGCCUAUUUAAAUGUCUUUCAAGGCGUGAAUAUUGCGAACGUGAAAUACUUCCACCGAUCGAUGAUCUUGAAUGCAGUUUUGGAAGCUGUAAUGUAUUUUGCGCGUGCAAACCGGAAAAUAAUUGGAUUGAGGUUUGGUUACUGAUGGUUCAUGGCCUUGUCUGGUUUUUCCUCAUUUGGAUUUCCUCCCUGGGACAUGUUAUCAUUAGUAAAUUUACAUCUACCCAGUCAAACAGAGAUUGGAACUAUUUCGACAAAGACAACAGGGUGCUGGACGAGGAAAAGAGAGUGGCUCAAAUCCCCAACUACGAACUUGAGGAAUAUGCCAUAAUUGUUGACCAGGUCAAAAAGAAUUAUUGUCGCACCAAAGCAGUUAAAUGUGUGUCGUUCGCGAUUAAACCUGGCGAGGUUUUCGGCCUAUUGGGUUCCCACGAAUCGGGAAAGUCUUCGAUUUAUCGGAUGAUCGUGGGUGAGACCCGUAUAUCAGCUGGCAACAUCUAUGUGAAAGGCAAUAGCUUGCGCGAACGCCGUAAUGCUGCCAAAAAGGAAAUUGGGUACUGUCCGCAGUCCGAUACUCUCCACGGCUUCCUGACCGGUCGGCAAACCCUGAAGAUCUAUUGCCUACUCAUGGGAGUGCCGAAGAAUGAAAUAAAAAUGGUAACCGAACAGUUGGCCAUCGAUUAUGGUUUCAGUAACCAACUGGACGAGAAAAUUAGUACUUAUAGUGGCGGAACUAAAAGAAAACUUAAUGUGGCUAUAGCUGUCAAUAGCGGAAAUGUCAUUUGUCUGGAUGAGGCCAAUAGUGGAAUCGAUCCGAUGACCCGCCACUUUUUGUGUCACAAGAUUGAGAGCGUAAGCAAGAGUGGCAGGGCGGUACUUUUGACUACCAACAGCAUGGAGGCGGUGAAUGCCACGUGUUCGAGGGUUGGCUUCUUGGUCGCCGGCGAGAUGAGCUGCAUCGGGACAAUGCAGCAAGUGCGAUCUGAAGUUUCCAAUAUCAAUGUUAUAAAAAUUAAGGUCAAUACUAAGCAGGAAGAACAAAAAAAAGUAAUGCGUAAAUUCAAAGCUGAAAUGGCGAAAGUUUUUCCAAUGGCAAAACUACAGGAAAAACUUGAAAAUUAUCUUAGAUAUCACAUACAAAAGAAUGCUAUACCUUUGUCCAACCUGUUUUACCAAAUGGAACUGAAACGGACCGAAGGAAAGAUUGAAGACUACUCCAUAACUCAGGCUUCUCUGAAAGAAAUUUAUAUGGAACUAAAUGACGAAGAUUUUUCGGUGCUCGUAGACUUAGACUCAGACUCAGAAUCAUCUGAAGUUAGUCACGAGGAUGAAGCUACAUCUACGAUUAAUAAAAAGCAAAGUUCAAGGAGUAUUUUAGAUAAGGAUAAAUUUAAAGUAAAGGAUCAGAAGAAAAAAUCAAAAGGGAAUAAAAAGAAAGGAAAGGAUAUUCAGAAAAGACCAGCAACUUCCUCUUCAAGUACUGAUAGCGAUGAACCAGUUUCAGAUAAUAGUAAAAAGCCCAGGAAAUGGUUCUAAACUUACGAUGUGAAACAUACCACUAAG